AUGGAGUGUGCCGUCUAUGAAGAUGCAGAGUACCUAGUGAAUGGAGAUAAUCCUGUAUCUGACGCUCAGAUAAGCGCCUCGUCUGUUUGGGACAACGAUCCAGGCCACGGAUCAAAAGGGGCCAGGCUCUAUUCUACACCGAGCCUUACAACAGUUGGUGCCUGGGCCGCCGGGUACAGUAAUGCAAAUCAAUACAUUCAGGUUCAGUUUAACGGUCUAAGUCACGUGAUGGGUGUGGCUAUACAAGGUCGACCAGUAAACACUGAUCCGAGUUUCGAAUACCUCGGCUGUUGCUCCCAGCGCGUUACCUCCUACAAGCUUAUCUACAGCUAUGAUUGCGCCUACUUUCUGACGAUCAAGGACUGCAAUGGAUCUGACAGGAUAUUUGUCGGAAACACGGACGAGAACACGGUUGUAACAACAAUGCUUCCAAGCCCAGUGGCCGCUCUUUGUGUGAAAAUCAACCCAGUCACGUGGUUUGAACACAUCAGCAUGAGAUUUGACAUUCUUGGCAAUUCGAUAAAUUAACAAUUACCAUAUGUAAAACACAAACGAUUUGUUUUAAACAUUUGAAGAAAAUCAC